UGCACUUAAACAGGUAAGUUGCUUACUGCUACUUUGAAGAAAGGUAAACACAUUUCAUCUGAAGACCUGAAGACCUCGUAGCCUGAAAUUUCAUCAACAAGAAUUCCCUAAAAUUCUGCACUUCAUUCUUGGACCAUCAAUAGCAAUAACAUUGGAUAUUUAUUCAUAUUCCUUGGUGCAGUAUAUGUAGGGCAGUGCGAUAUGACAAGCUAGCACACCAAAAAUACAUUUAUCAUCAUAAUGAUGACAUUGUGCGUGAUGCCAUAAAGUGCUUUAUUCAAAGCGUUUCGAUUUAAUGGCUACAAAGAGCACAUUCGCAUUAUUCUAUGCACUGUUGGGGUGAAGUGUCUCGUUGCCGUGACUGAUGCUUUGACGUGCAGAUUUUAAAAGGACACAAUGUGGAAACCCAAAAUUGAAUGACCUUUAACCCUAACUGGUCUGGAUCGGCAUGAUUGUGGCUUGAAUAAUGCAGAACCUGCAGAAGAGCUUCACCUUCCAACUUCCAAUGGCUUUGUAACGAGCAAGAUUUGACAGAGACCAGAUCCUCCAGCUUGAGGUAAGUUUGCAAUUUUACAGCGCACGGCGGUUCUGUGACAGUAUGAGAAUCAUCUUCAAAUGAAAUGUCACAAUGAUUAUAUGAAGCAAGGGUGUGACAUUAUGGGGGCGGAGCCAAGGUCUGUCGUCGCUGAAUUUCGAAGACCUUUCUCUUCAAUUUAUUUCCUUUAACUUAAAAUUCGUAACAGAUGUUGGUUAAUCCUCCACAGGAGUGUGCUUUUUAAAUUUCAUGUGAACAUGUACAUUUCCAUUGAUUCUUAUCUCUUGAAAGGUGACGUUUUUGUGAUAUGACCACAAAUAUGUCAGAGACAGGUGAAAGCUUUAUACAAAUAAUACAACUAAGUACAGUGACUAUAAUUUCUGGUUAUUUAAGAUCAAUGGAUGGACAAGGAGACGGAGACCACAAUGGUCCAAAUCGCCACCAUAUUCAUAUUCCAACUGAAGAUCAACCACCAAAUGGAGACAAUAAUGACAUGGAAUUUAUCUUCCUCUUGCAUUUUAUCAUAAAUCAUCAUAUGAGGGUCUUUAGACAAAACCAAAUUGGAUUUGUCAAUGAAAACAUUGUGAAUGUCCAUAUUGAAAAUCACGCAGCUCAUAUUCACCAGGUGAUUGAAGAGAAUGAAGAAAAUGAAGAUGAAUUGGACAAUGAUUUUGCAGAUGAGGUUCAGAUGGUCGUCAACCAGGUUAUAGAGGCAGGAGAAGAAGAAGAAGAAGAAGAAGAAGAAGAAGAAGAAGAAGAACAACAACAACAACAACAAGAACAACAAGAAGAAGAACAACAAGAAGAAGAAGAACCUCAGCCAGGACCAUCAAGAUACAGAUCGAGAGAUGACACUGAACAGGAUGAGGAAACGAGAAUUAGGAAAUGUUCCAGGUGGUGGCAUGAGUUUGACAACACUUCUGACAGCAGUGUGGACCUAGACAAUGACGAAGAACCUCUGCUCGUUAGAUAUGAGGGAAGGUCAAGAGAUCGUUUGGAUUCAGCCGAUACUGAAUCGGUUAAAUGUGUCCAUGAACUUGUUAAAAACUGUAGCGAUCUAGCCGAGGAAAGGGGUGGGUCCGCGGAGGGCGCAGACCUCAGUGGGCAAGAGGGAAAGAAAAACUCUCUGCCUGGACCAUCGCGGACUCGCUCGACAGAUGAGGCUGGAAACCAGUUUGAGACAACAGGCCACAAAUAUUUCCAGUGGUGGCUUGGAGUUGAAGAUACUGACUUAGAUGUCGGUGAAAACCCUGCGCCUGGUGAUUCUGAAAAUAAGUCAAGAGAUGACUUGAAGUCAGGAGAUGAAAGGAGAGAGAAUGAUUUCAGAUCGCUGGACGACGUUUCAUCGAUGCCUAAUUGUGUCCAUCAGGUGGCACGAAGCAUUCAAGAUAUUGAUCUGGCUGAGGAGGGGCAAGCUUCCGUGGAGGACGGAAGUUGCAGUGCACAAGAGGCAGAAGAACAUUCAGGAGCAUCAAAGAUGAGCUCGAGGAAAAUCGUCAUGCCAAAGGGGGGAGCUUCCAAGGAGGCCGAAAGUGUGAGUGAUCGAGAGGCGAUGGAUGACCUGCUCCCGGCGGAGUGGUGGACAGAAAACAGUGGCUAAGGAAGAUAGAGGUAGAAUAAAAGGAGUUUCACUACUUCAGGACAGUCAACAGCACUUCCAAGCUGCCACUUGAGUCUAAAGGAUUCUUUGAUAGAGAUUAGACCUUGUGGAGAUGAGGUCAAGGCAUUUCAUCAUGCAGCACAAGGUGCCAUUGUGACUGCGAGAGGUGUUCAGACUGGGACGCUAAUCAUUUAAGAUUAAAAGAGGCCGGACCUUGUCGCGCUGCGUUAUUAUACAGCAAAGACGACGAGGGCUGCGACUGAUAGUCCAUGUGUUCGGGUCCCGAUUCUUUAUCCAUUGUAGAUCAAUGUUUUAUACGUCAGUCACUUUUGUAGCAAUCUAAUCAAUAGAGAAUGCUUACUCACAUAUUUUUGUGAUUUCAAAUGUAGCCCUUUAUCGGGCAACGCGCCAUUUUUGGGUAAAUAAACUGGGUGUUAAAAAUGGAACCUGCACACUUCACCAUGAGGAAGAAGGAUUUCAAUGAAGAACUAUGCUGAGAAUAAUGUAAAUGAUCAAAUAAUAAUGAAAACUUAUAAAGAAAUAUCUCUAAAAGUCUCAGCAUUUGAAUGCACUACGACGACUGUCUAUGGUUGAUAUUUGGAGUCGGUUCUAACAAUGAAACUACAAAUCGCCGGAGUUUGAUCACAAUAACGCACAUUAUAUCUCCCCGUGCAUGGUCAGCUAUCAAAACAACACACGAAAUUCGGAUAUGUGAAGGCAUAAAUUGAUUUAUUCCAAUAAAUUUGAAGGAUACAAAUUUGUGACAACCGAGAACAUUCAAGCCGCUAUUGUGUUGGUACAGUUUUGGAGACCAGUGUUCGUUGUCAUGACUGCAAAGAUUUUUAA